UUGAGCUAUUUUCUAGCUGUAAUUAUUAUUUUCGCUGGUAGUUUUCUUUUUAGUAAGAAACACAGCGCUUUACUGGUCAUUAGCUUGAAUGAAAGACGGUGAGCAUUGGAAACAAAAGAGGGCGGUUGUGUUUUAACAUCAACGGAUCGUCACUUGAGAACACUCAAGUCAAGUCCGACUUGCUACGAAGCACUCUCAAACAACGAGUUUAGCUAUCCUAACAAACGUGAUGGACAGUGAGGUAUCAGACCUUGAGCAGCCUCUAGGUAUGGACAGCAGUAUGGAAGGAGAAAAUGCACCUUUGUACUGCAUCUGUCGGAAACCAGACAUCAACUGCUUCAUGAUUGGAUGUGACAACUGCAAUGAAUGGUUUCACGGCAACUGCAUAAAUGUGACGGAGAAGAUGGCCAAGGCGAUCAGGGAGUGGUACUGCCAGCGAUGCCGAGAUAAGAAUCCUUUACUUGAGAUAAAGUACCGGCCUAAGAAAAACAGAGAGAAAGAAGUUGAACAGGACAGAGUUGAAAAGCAGUGUAGCACACCAGACUUCAAGAUUGACAAGCGCCGUGGAUCCAAAGUAAAGCGCUCUGCUCGUAUGUGUGGAGAGUGCGAGCCCUGUAGACGAACAGAGGAUUGUGCUCAGUGUGAUUUCUGUAAGGACAUGAAAAAGUUUGGAGGCCCAAAUAAAAUCCGUCAGAAAUGCCGACUGAGGCAGUGUGUGGUUCGUGCUCGAAAAAUGCUACGCGUUCGUGAUGAGGAGUUUUCUCUGCGAGAGCGACGGGAUAAUUUCUCACAUAGGGAUCGGCGAUAUUCAGAUGACUAUGAUGAGAAUGAGAUGGAGCUUUACCAGCAAUACAAAGACCAAAAUAUGUCCUGGAACAGUGAUGACGAUGAUGGACCACUCUUCAGUCCUGUUCAGCGCAAGAAAGCUAUAAAAGUCAAACAUGUGAAGAGGAGAGAGAAGAAGUUUGAUAAGAAGAAAGAUUCUCGACGUCACAAACAAAAACAAAAGCACAAAGACAGGUUGAGACACAGUGACAGAGGUGAUGGCCACGACAGCAAGGACCUGCGGCAGUGCCUAGGACCCAACUGUAUACAGGCAGCUCGGCCCAACUCCAAGUACUGUUCCGAGGACUGUGGAAUGAAGCUAGCUGCCAAUCGUAUUUACGAGAUCCUACCUCAGCGCAUCCAACAGUGGCAACAGAGUCCAUGCAUCGCCGAGGAGCAUGGUAAGAAGCAGCUGGAGCGUAUACGGAGAGAGCAGCAGUCUGCACGUAUGCGCCUUGCCGAAAUGGAGAGGCGCUUUCACGAGCUGGAGGGCAUCAUAGCUAAAGCCAAACAGCAGGUGGUCCAACAGGACGAGGAGGUGAAUGAAACAGACAGCGAUGAUACUGAUCUCCAGAUCUUCUGUGUGUCCUGCAGUCACCCAAUCAACCCAAAGGUGGCACUGAGACACAUGGAGAGAUGUUAUGCAAAGUAUGAAAGCCAGACUUCUUUUGGUUCCAUGUACCCUACACGAAUAGAAGGAGCAACAAGACUCUUCUGCGAUGUGUACAACCCACAGAGCAAAACAUACUGCAAGAGACUUCAGGUCUUGUGCCCAGAACAUUCUAGAGACCCAAAGGUCCCAGUAGAUGAAGUGUGUGGAUGUCCACUAGUGCGUAAUGUAUUUGAGCCAACAGGAGAGUACUGCAGGGUGUCCAAACGCAAGUGUAAUAAGCACUACUGCUGGGAGAAGCUGCGGCGAGCUGAAGUAGAUCUGGAGCGUGUUAGAGUGUGGUACAAACUGGAUGAGCUGUUUGAACAGGAACGCAAUGUAAGGACAGCCAUGACCAACAGGGCGGGAUUACUAGCCCUAAUGCUCCAUCAGACUAUCCAGCACGAUCCACUCACCACAGAUCUGCGCAGCAACAAAGACAGAUAGCUGUCUGCACAGUGACUCUUCAUCAUGAAAGAUUCCUCAUUCUGUUUCUGUUUGACUCAUCACCUUUGUCUGUCAGAGGGAAACGUAAACCUCACUGAAAAAAAAACAGCCUAUGAUGUAGCUGUGUCUGAAGGACUGCAUUUUCCUACUGUAUUCACUG